AUGCACCUCGCCAUCCCUCAUGCCAUCCCUCGUGCCAUCCCUCAUGCCAUCCCUCCUGCCAUCCCUCAUGCCAACCCUCAUGCCAUCCCUCGUGCCAUCCCUCGUUCCAUCCCUCAUGCCAUCCCUCAUGCCAUCCCUCAUGCCAUCCCUCAUGCCAUCCCUUCUACCAUCCCUCGUACCAUCCCUCAUGCCAUCCCUCAUACCAUCCCUCAUGCCAUCCCUCACGCCAUCCCUCAUGCCAUCGCUCAUGCCAUCCCUCAUACCAUCCCUCAUACCAUCCCUCAUGCCAUCCCUCAUGCCAUCGCUCAUGCCAUCUCUCAUGCCAUCCCUCAUGCCAUCCCUCAUGCCAUCCCUCAUGCCAUCCCUCACGCCAUCCCUCAUGCCAUCGCUAAUGCCAUCCCUCAUACCAUCCCUCAUACCAUCCCUCAUGCCAUCCCUCAUGCCAUCCAUCAUGCCAUCGCUCAUGCCAUCCCUCAUACCAUCCCUCAUGCCAUCCCUCAUACCAUCCCUCAUACCAUCCCUCAUGACAUCGCUCAUGCCAUCGCUCAUGCCAUCCCUCAUGGCAUCCCUCAUGCCAUCCCGCAUGCCAUCCCUCAUGCCAUCGCUCAUGCCAUCCCGCAUGCCAUCCAUCAUGCCAUCCCGCAUGCCAUCCAUCAUGCCAUCCCGCAUGCCAUCCAUCAUGCCAUCCUCAUGCCUGCCACUAAUAAGCGACUCACCUUGGCAGGCGGGCCCCUCCCCCCCCUCUUCCCCCCUCGCCCAGGAGCGGUUGAGCGCGGGGGGCAGCGGGGGCCAGUGCACGAGCAACAGGCGGCGGGCGCGGCAUUUGUGCGACGGGAACUGGUGCUCCCACAGGUCCCUCUGCGCCUCCCGCGUGCCGCCCAGAUUGCCCGCCUCUGA